ACUGGUUUUUAGAUAUGCGCACAUUCUCUGUUGAGUCGGUCAUCAUCUGGAUCCGACGUCCUUAAGCCGGAUACCUAUGUGGCUCUGUAUUUACUACUAGGUAUUUGCGAACCACGCAGCAUGCUCUUCCAGCAGAAAAGAACUGAGGUCACCAAUAAUCAGCGUGGCCCGGUUACACGCGGUUCUUUGCCCCUUGUAUGUCAUACUUGUCGAAGAAAAUACGACGAGCACAUUACCGCACCGCCCACGCGACGUUGUAUCUGCAAUAAACCUUCUUUGACACCUGGUUCGGGUACUAGACGAUUGGUGGAUGGAAGUGCAGGUCACGAUCGAACUCUCCAGUUCCGCAUGGAACCUCGAGCAAGCAGCGAAGAGGCGUUUCGCGAAUGGAGAACAGCCGUUUGUCGCAUGGCUGCGUUGGGGGACGGUCUGCCUGGAUUUGUUCGUCACCGUGUAUGGUCUCACUUGGCUGACCAUGAGCUCACCAAGCAACACGUGGAUUGGAACCGCGCGCUUCGUAUAGGGUUUCGGAGUCGCUCCAAUCAGAAGGACGAGGACCUAGAGUCGCAGAUCAUAAAAGAUCUGCAUCGUACCGGUUGUGUACAGUUCGGCUCACAAGAGGACAAAGCGGCCCUGGAACGUGUUCUCUUAGCCUACGCCCGAUGGAACAAACGUGUUGGGUACUGUCAGGGUUUCAACGUUAUUGCGGCCGGUAUCUUGGAUGUGAUGAAUCGGGAUGAAAAAGAGGCAUUCAAAAUCAUGGUUUAUCUGAUAGACUACGUACUCCCGGAGUCGUACUUUGCUCAGAACUUACAGGCUCUGUCUGUCGACAUCGCCGUGUUUCGGCACCUGCUGGAAUUACGACUUCCGAACUUGGCUGUUCAUUUGGAUAGGCUGCAGGGCAAGACCUCUGCUCCAAAAGCAAAGUUUGCCUCAGAUACCCCUCCCACUAGGGACUCCACUGGGUCCCCUGCUGGACAGCCUCAAGGGCCAUACGAACCGCCAUUGAUGAACGUGUAUAUCAUUCAGUGGUUUCUAACUCUCUUCGCCACUUGUUUGGCUCCCGAUGCGGUAUUGCGCGUAUGGGACAGCAUACUUCUCGAAGGUUCUGAAGUGCUCCUACGAACGGCCAUUGUAAUAAUGGACUUUCUAGCGAGUCGAUUGAUGAAGCUCAAGUCGGCCGAUCAGUUCUAUGGAACGAUGGGCAGUUUUAUGUCGGACUUUGCCAAAGGUCGCAUCGUGAGUACACGCGAAUUCCUGUUCGAGAUAUAUCAAAUGGGUCCGUUUCCUUCCCCAUCAUUGAAGGAGAUUCGGGAUAAAUUUACCUUCAACAUAACUCCUUUGGUUCGAACCAAGCUGGAGUCUGGACCCACGCAUCAUCGCAGCAAUUUAAAGUCGCAUACUGGUGAAAGUUGGGCUAGAAGGCGAUUCCGCUUAUCCCACAUGUGGAGACGAGAACAAAAGCAAUCAUUUGCCUUCCUGAAAGCUGCGGAAAAAAGCGAAGGUCCUGAAGAGACGACCACAACAUCCGAGUUGGCUACCCUUAACGCCGAGCUGAACAGGAGAGCGAGCAAUCUGAAAUGUGAACGCUCACGCGGUGAAGAUUACGAAGAGGACGGUAAACUCAGUUGUGAGACCGGAAUUCUGCAAAACGUCAUCACCCACAGAUCACUUUGGCCGAUGGACAGUGAUUGCAACGCAACACCCGUACCCGUGAACGCAAAAUACGAACAGGAACAACCAGUCCCAAAUAAAGGUUUUACGGACCGUGAGAUUGCGCACUAUACGUACCGGCCCAAACAGGGGGAUGUUAGUAGUGCUAAAAGUCUCCAGACCUCGACAAUGUCCGAACCGACAGAUAUUAGUGUGAUUGGACCUGGAGCGGUUGGGGAAAUCGGUGGUCCAAAGCCCGGUGACCAUGUGCCCUCCUCUCAUCGUGCACGAAUGAGUCUCACUCUUAGUGAUCUGAGAUCUCUCUAUCAUCAACAGCUCAUUCGACAACACCGAGCCAGCCUGCACCUGCCAAGCCUAUGGGAACGUGCACACGCAUCAAGUUUGACAGAAACGCGAGCGCUUUCCCACACAUGGAUCACCGCUGUGCUACCGCAAACGCGGGAAAUUCAUCAAAUGUCAUUUACGGCUUCGCUCGAGCCGAAACUCUGGAUGUAUAUGGACACUGGUUACGACCAUCUCGAUGGCGGCGCACACCGCAAACUAUCAUGUGCCGACAACAAAUUUUCACCCUCUCCAGUGGAUCUCGAUUGUUACAAUAAGAAUACGACGGAGUCUCUGUCAUCAGCCGAGUCGCCGGAGUCGUCACCUGACUUCACACACGCCUCAAAAGUUGAUCCAGCUCUUGCCGGAGUUGUUUCCCGGUGGCAGGCGAGUGCAGUUUGGUUAUGUGAUCCCACUAGUGAUACACAUACCGGAUCCGACCCGGAGCAUUGCAUUGCGAUCGGCGACUACAGCUCACCUUUGACAUCCGUCGGCCAGUCUCCUACGCGGCCCCAAAUCUACAAGACAAGAAGCGCCGAUUUGGACAGUCUUACCACAUUGGACACUGGAAUAGUGGCGCGAAGACCACGCUCUUGCGAAUUUGCAGCCAAGUUCGCCGGAGGUGCUUGUUCUGCUGUGGAACUGUCGGCUGCUGGGCGACACACUCAAAGGAAUCCGCCGACGAAAUCCUGCACGUGCCCUUUGCGGCAGUCAUCUGCACGAAGUUGUAAUCACCUUCGCCUGACAACGCCCGAAGUUCCACUGAGCACACCAACUACUCAAGUGGACAACGCGUGUGACACUAGCACAGAAUGUACCGAACACGUUAACAACGAAGCUCAUCCAACUAGGGAAGUGCUUGCGCUGAUUCCCACCCACAAGUCCGAUCCGUUCCCUAAGCAUUUGCCGUGGCAUGAUGCCUCCGGAGCUUUCUUGCUGAGGACAAGAUCCAACAGACAAUGGAGACUUGCACCGCAUGCUACCGACCGCUUGGGCAGUUUGGGCAUUCCGUUCCCAAUAUCACCCACCAGACGCGCUUUCGGCGCACAAUUCGGGAUGUAUAAAACUCUUCAUUUCACCGAAAACAAAUUCCCCUCCACAUUUUGUGAUCGCGUUCAGUUUGUCGACUUUCUGCGUCACAAGCAGGUUAAUCACGCUCGUGUGGCUAUCUAGCCUCCUUCUUGUGUUGCGUCUUCUAUUGAUUAGACUCGGUUCCACACGCCAUGUCCGAUCAGCAAAUCUGCGAUCCUUUGCUGCUUUUUUCUCAAUAUUUUGCUCGAGUUUCACUGUAGCUCGCUACUUCGUGCUUGUCUUUCAUAAAACUUGUGUAUUACAGCACUCUAAGCACUGUUCUAGAUUACUACGAAAAUAAUCUGUAUGGAUCAUGCG